AAGGUACCCGCGAUUUCCCAUCAGACGAGCGCGAUAGCUGAACAUGAGCUAGACUGACCCUCUCUCUCUUCUCUCCCUCCAAUACCCAACCAAAAAAUGCAGGACCAGGCGCUAGACAUGCAGGUGGAGGAGGAGGAGGAGGAAAUGAGCUUCUUCACGGACAUAGACGAACUGCAGACCCAUGGUAUCAACGCAGCGGACAUCAAGAAGCUGAAGAGCGCCGGGAUUUGCACUGUGCGAGGCGUGCAGAUGACGACCCGCCGCCGCCUCUGUGCCAUCAAGGGACUGUCCGAGGCAAAGGUGGACAAGAUCAAAGAGGUGUCGGCCAAGGUGAGUGGUGGCGAUGGGUUCGUAACAGCGCUGGUGAUGUGCGAGCGACGGCGGCAUGUGUUUCGCGUCAGCACGGGGUCUGCCGAGCUGGACAGUCUGCUGGGGGGCGGCAUUGAGAGCAUGGCCAUCACGGAGGUGUUUGGGGAGUUCCGCACGGGCAAGACACAGCUGGCUCACACCCUCUGCGUCACCGCCCAGAUCCCCAACGAGGCGGGCACCUACUCCGGGGGAAAGGUAAUCUUCAUUGACACAGAGAACACCUUCCGUCCUGACCGACUGCGAGCCAUCGCCGACCGCUUCAACCUGGAACAGGAGGCAGUGCUGGAAAACGUGCUCUACACCCGUGCCUUCACUUCGGAGCACCAGUUCGAGAUUCUGGACCACGUGGCGGCGCAAUUCCACGAGGAGCCAGGCAUCUUCAAGCUCCUCAUCAUCGACUCCAUCAUGGCACUAUUCCGCGUGGACUUCAGCGGCCGCGGCGAGCUGGCGGACCGACAGCAGCGACUCGCCCAGUACCUGUCCCGCCUGCAGAAAGUAAGCGAGGAGUAUAACGUGUCCAUCUACAUCACCAACCAGAUGACAGCAGACCCCGGAGCCGCUAUGUCCUUCCAGGCAGACCCUAAGAAGCCUAUAGGCGGUCAUAUCCUCGCCCACGCCUCCACCACCCGCGUCUCGCUCCGCAAAGGGCGUGGCGAGACUCGAAUUGCCAAGAUCUAUGACAGUCCGGAGCUGCCUGAGAAUGAAGCCACCUUCGCCAUCACGCCCGGUGGUAUAGCGGACGCCAAAGAGUGAAGCGGCUCACUGCUUAUCUCAGUGGCGGGUUGUGUAGUUUUGAAAGUUCUUUCUAUUUCACUGCUUGCAACUGUGCUAGGAUACGUAUAUCUUUGACGAGCGGAGGGACACCCGCCAUGUACUAUAAUAGGUCUGAUGUGGAUUUUUUGCUUUAAUUUGUAAUUCACUCUGUAUUUUACAUUUUUAUUGAAAUAGAUGGUAGUAUUCA